AGAGUUGAUAACAAUGGAGGUUAUAGGAUUUGUAAGUCUGUGCUUGCUGGUGGGUGUGUCCAGAGGUCAGAUAGACCGACCAACGAGCGCUUGCCAGGAUCUGGACUCCAGCGCAUGCGCACUGUUCGCCCAGGCGAAGCCAGACAUCUGCUCGGAUUCAGCCUUCGCGCAAAGCAGCUGUGUCCGGUUUUGUGGAAACUGUCCGUUGGAGUGUUACAACUGCCCGACGCCUGUCCUGAACCCAAAUGAUUGUAACACCACCACAACGUGUGCCGUCGGCCAGACAUGCAUGAUGAAACACUUGACCGCGCUGGACGGACACAACGAGUACAUCAUGUCAUGUGAGGCCAAGGCGACUUGUGAAGGUCUUACGUUCGGAUUUGGCGGAAUCGUUGGCCGGCGGGCUGCCAUGUUUGACGAGGAGGAUGAGAGUGACAUUGAGGAGCAUGCACAUUCGCGACGUGACGUCGCCCUCUCGUGCUGUGACGUAGACUACUGCAACUUCCCAGUGCUCACCACCACAACAACAAUGCCACCGACUUCGUCUGGACCCUUUCCAAAUGGUUGUAAUCGGGACAUCGUGUUCGUAUUGGACGACUCCGGAAGCGUGGGACGAACCAACUUCGGGCAUGCGCUUGACUUUGUUCGCGAGAUCGUCCAGCAGAUUCAGAUCGGUCCAAACAAUGCGAUGACAGGACUCAUGACCUACAGCACACGACCGCACGUGUCCUGGAAUUUAAACACCCUGUCAACAUAUUCCCAAAUAAACACCGCACUAAAAAACGUUCCGUACCAAGGCGGGAUCACCAACACGAACGAUGCACUGGAAACGGUGCGCACACAGAUGCUGACGUCACAAAACGGGGACAGACCGAACGCCGAGAACGUUGUGAUAGUUCUUUCGGACGGGCGUUCCAAUGAUAAGAUCGACACGAUUCGAGAGGCCACUCGGCUACACGCAGUUAGCAAAGACGUCAUUAGCAUCGUCAUCGGCUCAGGAUUUGACGCACAAGAGCUACAGGCCAUCGCCACGGAUAGACACCACGUGUUUGACGUGCACACCUACAGCUCGCUCAACACAAUCAUCGCCCAACUCAUGCAGGUUAUCUGCAAUCAGUAAACCCUCAAACGGCGGUUAUUGGCACCAAGGGGGAAAUGCGUUGAAAAGUGUUUACCUGGAGCCGAAUUCAUAAAGCAUCUCAGUGAAAAAUUUCAACUUAAGGAAGUGCUCUUGUUUUUUUUUUCAAGAAAUUAACUUUACACCAACAUAUGAAUAUAAGCAAGAAAUUGCCCCCCCCCCCAAAAAAAAAAAAUAAAUAAAAAUAAAUAAUAAUAAUAAUAAUAAUAUAAACGCAUUUGAAUAAAUUUGAUAAAAAUUAAGAGUAUUAAAAUAGAGAUUGCAAAAAUUCCAAAAUGUGCAAUAUGAUGUUGGAAUUAUUCACUUAGAGACUUUAUGUUGAUUUUCUUAACUUUUGAUUCCAAACUUAUUUGCAAUUGAUAAAUUAUUUUGA